GUCAAAGGUUAAAUUGAUCGGAAGCAAGCAUGCACGUGUGACAACAAUAUCAAGGGGAAAACUGACCUUCUGUUCCUGAUAGCUGUGCACAACUUAGCGAUUAGACUCUUAAAGUUCGAUCUGUGGUACGUCAGAGAUGUCUGGGUCGGUAAUCCAGCGGUCAGCCUUCACCAGCGAGGCUGAUUUCUGCCCGGACUGUGGAUCUAUCCUGCCCCUACCCGGGAGAGAGGAUGUAGUCACCUGCAAGCUGUGUGGGUUCCAGGUAGAUGUGACAGAGUUUGAUGGAGUUGAAGUCAAAACCCGCAUCAUUUUCAACAAAAGAGAGUCAGCCAAGAAGGAAGACAGACCAGCAGAGGACACAUCAGGACCACUGGUGGAUCGAAAGUGCCCCAAAUGUGGCCAUGAAGGGAUGACAUACACCACCAGACAGACUCGCUCAGCUGACGAGGGGCAAACUGUCUUCUACGGCUGUCCUAGGUGCAGGUUCAAUGAGACAGAGUACUCCUGAUCAUCUCAGCUACAGAGAAGACUGAUUUAUGUCAUGUUGCACCAAGGGUGGACACAACUCAACAAUCUUCACAACGUCAUGGAUGAAACUACAUCAAGACACUUGUUGGUUGCAGAUAUUAUCUCCAUUGUUGGACAGUAGAUGAUCCUGAAUAAGUGUUGUCUUUAUCCAGGAUGUUUUUGAAUGAUGUAGAGAUCCACUGAUGUAUAUUGUACCAACAUCUGUUGAUCCUAUUAGUGGCCAAAUUAGAUGACUUACAAUGUUUGUAUGCACCAUGAGUACAUGAAUUAUGAACAAUGUAGAUAAAAUGAUUACUUUACAAGCAAAUGCUUUAUUAUGAAAUUAUACAUGUACAAUGGACUCACUUUGUACAUAGACUCUGCUAAAAUGGGCUUUCUACAUACAUGAACUUUGAUCUUUCCAAUAAGGACUAAGAGCACAUGUUGAGUCUGUAGAGGCCUGAUAGACCAGACUAUAUCAUACAAUAGUCAAAUUGUUUGUCAGAUAUAUUUAAGCUUGAUGUUAACAAGAAAAUGUGAUACAAAAAAAAUAAAUGUAUGCAACUCAAUAAAACUGUCAUAAGCUCAUCACCCUUUAAUGAUGCAUAGAUUUUACUUAAGCAACACUUGGUUUGUCACUUACAUGUAGAUAU